AUGCUUCCAUUCGAUAAUGUGAAUUGUGUUCAAAGUGCUUCAAAAUUGGCAGCGAUGGAUAAGAUGAAAAUGGAAGCGAAGGAGGUUGAUAAGCUUCAACAACUCCACUACGGAUGGUACAUUCAAGCGGUCAGCUCACUUCUUGGUUCCGUUGGCAAACAAAUGUAUAUGCAAAUGAAGAAACCGCAACGUCGUGCAUUUGUUGCUUGUCUUGAUUCAAUUCCUAAGGAAUAUGACGUGAAAGCUGGAGCUAAAUGUCUCGUAAACGCUUUCGACGGAAAGUUGGAAGACAUUUAUGGGAAGGCAGCAUUGGAUAAGAAAUUAGAUUUUAUCGACAAACAAGCUACAGUACCAAUGGGGAAACUAGAUAUAAAGAAACUGAAAAGAAGGAAAAUUCAGAAGAGAAUAGUCCAGAAGCAGUUGAAAAAGAGAGUACGAACGGUAAUACUGAAUAAUAUUCUAUCGCUUUAUCGUAAUAAAGAAGCAGCCGACGAAGCGAAACGAGUUGACAGUUUGGAUGGAGUAUUCUAUAAACCAAAGAAUUAUGCGAAGAUGCCAGAUUUGCAUGAAAAUAACAAGAGUCCAAUACAAGAAUUCACCAAAAUGAUCAGAGAGUUUGCACAUGUGAAACCGACGAGAAAUAUGACUUCAAGCUAUACGAAUCUGAAAAAGCUCCAAGACGCUGUAUUUGGAGCCCGGGAGAAGAAUCGAUUCAAGAAUAGAAUGUUGGAUAUGGUAAUUGGAAAGAAUCAUCCAUUGAGACAAACGAAAUCAUUUUCUGAUCGAGUUCGAGAUAUUACACCGGAUGGAAUGAUCGAUGAAACUGUUUUCGGAUUGGUGGAUGCAGUUCACAAACAUACGAAAGAUUCGAAUGCGAACUUUUUGUCGCCAAGGUUUAUGCCGAUUAUGCCAGAGAAGUUAAACACAAAGAGACGCCUCCUCUCUCCCGACAUGUUCCCAUUGUAUCGUGACGAGAGUGACAAUAGUAUCCUCCCAAUUCCAAAUGUUCUGGAAAAGGCUGGAUUGAAAGACAAGGAUAGAGAAAAUGUGUUGGAAUUGGUGAUGGAUAUCACAGGAGUGAAUAAUGUUGUGGAUGACGCAUUGAAUCUGGUGAAAGGACUGAGAAAGAGUGGAUUGGAUAAGGAUUUAGUGGAUAUGACUUCGAUUAUUGAUCAGGCGUACACAUCUCUUUCCAGCUCUCUGACUCGUCCUCAAAAUUUGGAUUUCGUCAACAAGAAGUUCUCAUUCAUGAACAAGGAGCAAAUGCAAUCUCUUUAUGGAGAGACUGGAAUAUACAAUACUUCGGUUUCUGAUCUACCAUUCGAUAUUCAUGAAGUUGACUCUCUGACAACUGAACAGAAGGAAGAGUCCAUUCGAAUGACAAUCAGAGAACUUGCGAAAGGAAAUGGAGCUCAAGGAUUUGGAAAAAGUGGAAGAAGAGUGAAGAGACAGACGAUUUCUCUGUUGAAUGGAUUGUAUCAAAUCGUGUUUUUGAAUCCGACAGUGUUCUCACCACAAGCAUUUGCACCCACUAUUAAUAAGCUAUCCGUUCUCGGACCACUCGUCCUAUCUCCUCAACUGUUUUGCCCGAGUGUUCUCUCUCCACUUCUCAUGUCUCUUCCGGUUAUUUCACCUCAAGUUGGAAAUCCACUCAUCUUCUCUCCAUACGUCCUUGGUCCAAAUGUAUUAUCAGCUGCCGUAUUCAAUGCAUACGUCUUCUCUCCCUACGUCUUAUCCCCUAAUGUAGUAAAUCCAUACGUAAUGUCUCCUUUAGUUUUAUCUCCAUUUGUUCUCUGUCCUGACGUCGUUUCUCCUACCGUACUCUCAGGAGUUGUACUGUCUCCGUCUGUUCUUUCUCCUUCUAUUUUCACAGAUUCUGCGUUGGCUGCUAACGUAUUGUCACCCACAAAAGAGAUACAUCUCAUCCAUCUAAUUCCAGAUGCCCACAAAUUCGAAAAAUCACCAAUUGUGUCUGUUCAACGUGCUGAAAGUGCUCGUGUCCCCCAACUUCUUAUCAGUCAACCCAGCUUCGAUCUACGAAGAACCCAAUCUGAAAGUCAUCUCGAUGCAAAAGUUAUUGAUGCAGUUCUCUCGAGUUCCGCUGAUUUUGGAAUGGAGAAUUGUGUGGAGGACGAGAUAAAGAUGUUGCUAGUUGGAGACUUGAAUAGAAGUGCAUCAGCUGGACACAAUUUGGAUCCACAACUUCUUGGAGUCGUUCGAAAAGAAGACAAGGAUAAGACGUUGACUCAAGCGGAUGCAGCUAAGGGAUUGGCUCUGAUUGCAACUCAAACCGGUUCUGUCGCCUCGUUAGCCUCAAUGGUAUCAAAUCGAACGGACACGGGAACGGAAGAUUGUGGAGACGACGAGGAAACACAUCUUGAUAGAAAGAGGUCGGCGAGUACACGAAAAGCUAAAAUCCAGGCGACGUUCGCUGCUGGAAAGAAGAAAGUUCUCGAUUUGAUGCCUCAGAACCGGAAAUUGACUGACGCCUCUGCAGUGGAUUUCAACGGGGAAAGUAUUGAGAUUGGUGCGGAUGCUGGGUCACUUUAUGAUACGGAUAGAGAGCAUUCGAUUGGAAGAUCACCAAUGGCAGUUGUAGGAAAGAGGAAAGAAAGUCCAUCGGAGGAUAAGAAAGAGAAGAAAAGACUGAAGAAGAAGUUGUCAGAGUCUCCGAAAGGUAGAAGAUCAAACGGAUCCGGACAGAAAGAUCAGUCGCCGAUGACAACUAUCAAAGCGAGAACAACGAAAAGUGUGCAGUUUCAGAAGGACGUAAUGUGGGGACAAUCACUUCACUUUGAACUCGACACUCCUGCAGAGACAACAACUCGCAGUACGAUUCGAUAUUUAAAUGUGACUGUUCAUGCGAGAGAAGUGAAAACUGCUGGAACACCGAACACUUCUGCAUCCAUCCUUCCCAAUGUGACACCUUCUACUCCUGAUAGUGUUGCUUCUUCGUCAACAAAUACUGAGAAUUCCGCCCCGAUGUCGCCUAUGAAAUCACCCGAAUCCAAACCGAUUCUCCUUGGAAGUGUCUCUCUAUUCGUGCCACAACUCAUUGAUGAUUGUCGAUUGACUCUUUCGAAUUGUCAUCGAGAAGUUUUCCAGUUGAAGCAACCGAAUACCUCGGCAACGCCACCACCUCCAACUGCAACUGAUGAUCCGUAUGUUUCACUGCUUCCAAUCAAGAAGCAUGUAUUUAUUCUUUUCAGACUGAUCAAUGGGUUUCCAUCUGAUAAAGCUAUAAAUUCUGGAGAUGACAGUGAAGACGAACUUCAUCGAAUUCAACAUGCAAACGAGGCAGCAUCACCAGCCAGACCGUUUUCUCCGCCAGCUCUGGCUCCUGCAAAUCAUGACUGGAAGCUAUGGGUUGGACGGAAUGCGACCACUUGCGCAAUGUGCCGAGGAAAAAUCUGGCUCCGAAACGCGUCGACUUGCUCCAGAUGUCUUGUCAUUUGCCAUAAUAAGUGUGUCGUCAAGGCUAAUAACGGUGGAAUCGCUUGCUCUCCUCAACAACUUUCUCCUCCAACCCAUCUUCCACUUCCUGAUGAUUCCCAGUUUGAAGAGAUUUCUGCUUCGGAGUUAGAUGGCGUCGUUACGGCAUCUACUCCAGAUCAUCCACAUGAAGAGAAACACGCAUUGCUCGUGCAGUCACCAUCAACAUCUUCUUCCAAUGUUACAGGACCUUUGGAUACUCCCGAAACAACGAAACGAGCCAGAUUCCGGAAAGUGACUGAAAAGUUUUCUAAUUGGAGGAAAGGAGGGAAGAAAACAGAGGGAACACCAGGAAGAAGGGACACUGUGGACACUGAGUCAUCAUCCACUGACUGCAAUUCAAUGUUGAAUCAAGACAUUGUUGACAGAGAUAGCCCGAUGGCCAGUAUCCAGAAUGUUCUUGCUGAUGUUCUCCUUGAAUUGGAUGGAUCCCCAUUUAUAAGUGGUCUUUACUUCCAGCCCGGAAACGCCUACAACGAGCAGACGAUUCGGAAUGCGAAACGUCUCGGACGUGAGAUAUUCAGUGAACUUCCGUCAGAAGAACGAGUUGAAAAAAUCAAUGCGCAAAUUGAUAGAAUUCAAACAGCGAUACGAGAGACGAAAGAUGACCGACUGAGUGUUAUGCAGAGUGGUGGAGAAUCAUCUUCGAAAUUUCAAGGACUCGAUGAACGGCUUCAGGCUCUUGCUGUCCUCAUGCUCCAUUAUUGUUCAGCUCUCCAAGAUUGUCAAUCAGGAAGAUCUACUCCAAAUCCACCAACAGAAGAGGACGCUCAGAAAGAGAUGAACGAAGAAACACAAUUCGUCACCGCCGACCAUGAAGAAGACGAAGAAAGUGUGAUGGAUGAGGAUACUGUAGUCGGUGAUGCUCCAUUUCAAUCUGAACCAUCGUCUUCUACUCCACUUGAACGUCCAACUCAACUUGAUCCGAAUUCUGAUGCCGUUUCCGUCUAA